CUGCCACAGUCAAUGUCAAAAUUUGAAAUUUACACGUCAAAACACCGAUUUUUCACCGUCGGUGAGAAAUUGUAUGGAGUGAAGGAAUACAUAAUUUUUCGACUCCAAUACUCUUUUUAAUACCAUUAAUUUAAUUCGUAUGAUGCGGAUUUGGCAGCAUAGCCUCAAAAGAACAGUAGCACAUUAUAAUUUAGUCCGACAAGUUAUAAGAAACAUGAGUACGAAAAAGAUAGCCGUUUGUCAGAUGACGUCUGUAGGGGAUAAGGCGGCUAACUUGGAAGUUGUCAGCGAUUUAAUUAGUCAAGCUGCGAAAGAAAAUGUUCAGAUGAUAUUCUUUCCAGAAGCCUGUGAUUACCUCUGUGAUAAUAAGAAUGAUACUUUAAAUUUUGCUGAACCGAUCAUAGGUGGCGCCACUGUUGGGAAGUAUAAAGAAUUGGCGGCCAAGCAUAAUGUUUGGUUGUCUAUGGGUGGGAUCCAUGAAAAGGACGAAUCAAAUCCCUCGAAAGUUUGCAACACUCAUAUAAUAAUAGACAAUAAAGGGACUUUGGUACAGGCAUACAGGAAGUUGCAUUUGUUCGAUGUGGAGAUACCUGAACGGAAUGUAAGGUUGAAGGAGAGUGAUUUCUGUGAACCGGGAAACCACAUUGUGGCACCCGUUGAUACGCCAGUAGGAAAAGUAGGUUUAAGUAUUUGUUAUGAUAUGAGAUUUCCUGAACUAAGCACUUCUUUGAGUAUCAUGAAAGCUGAAAUACUGACGUUUCCUUCGGCGUUUACACAACACACUGGGGCUGCACAUUGGCAUGUGUUGCUGAGAGCAAGAGCAAUAGAAAAUCAGUGUUACGUAAUCGCGGCCGCCCAAUCAGGGGCUCAUAAUGCGAAAAGAAAGUCUUACGGCCAUGCCAUCUGCAUAGAUCCGUGGGGCGAAGUCCUAGCCGACUGCGGGGUAGAUUCCCCAACAUUCAAAGUAGUUGAAAUCGAUCUGGGAAAAUUGGAAGAGGUUAGGCGUAAUAUGCCUGUGUUUCAGCAUCGAAGACGAAACGUUUACUCCCUGUACUCGUUAAGUCUCCGCAAGGACCUCCUACCCUGUCACUCACCAUCUCCUCCCCCCUCAAUUUCCGGACCACCAGAAAUUGUGGAGCCUGACGAACCCCACUAUACCUUCGGACAUGUCAAAGUGCCAGAGAGCUGUGUCUUCUAUAAAUCUAAGCUGACUUAUGCUUUUGUUAAUUUGAGAUGUGUGAUCCCCGGUCACGUGCUGGUGGCGCCAAUAAGGAUGGCUCAGAGAAAUCAUGAUAUGACGGAAGAGGAAGCACAAGAUUUCUAUAGAACUAUACGAAUUGUACAGCGGACUCACAAUCACAUUCACGUUCAAAUUCACACUCACAUUCACAUUCACAUUCACACUCACACUCACACUAACACUCACACUCACAUUCACACUCACAAUCACACUCACACUCACAUUCAUACUCACACUCACACUCAUACUCACACUCACACUCACAAUCACACUCACAUUCACAUUCACAUUCACACUCACAUUCACAUUCACACACUCACACUCACACUCACACUCACACUCAUACUCACACUCACACUCACACUCACACUCAUACUCAUACUCAUACUCACACUCACACUCAAUUUCUCUAUCACAUUCGCAUUCACAUUGACGCUCACAUUCACUUUCACGUUCACAUUUACAUUCACACUCACACUCAAACACACACUCACACUCACAUUUAUACUCACAUUCACACAUACACUCACACUCACAUUCAAUUUCUCUGAUGAUGAUGAUGAUGAUGAUGAUGAUGAUGAUGAUGAUGAUGAUGAUGAUGAUGAUGAUGAUGAUGAUGAUGAUGAUGAUGAUGAUGAUGAUGAUGAUGAUGAUGAUGAUGAUGAUGAUGAUGAUGAUGACGAUGACGAUGACGAUGACGAUGAUGAUGAUGAUGAUGAUGAUGAUGAUGAUGAUGAUGAUGAUGAUGAUGAUGAUGAUGAUGAUGAUGAUGACGAUGAUGAUGAUGAUGAUGAUGAUGAUGAUGAUGAUGAUGAUGAUGAUGAUGAUGAUGAUGAUGAUGAUGAUGAUGAUGAUGAUGAAAUAGCUAUAAUAGCUAUAAUAGCUCCACGAAAUUUUGACAGAAGACGGUUAAUGACAGUCACGACCAAUCUUGGUGCAAAGUACCCACCAAUACGAAUCAUUCAAGCCCAAACACAAGGCAACUACUCCAAAAAGUCAAGGAGGUCCCUCGACUGUCUUCCGGCUCCAUCAUCAGGUCGGUUAAUGGAAAAAGUGCAUGAAGCUGACUCUUGUACGGUGACCAUACAAGAUGGGAUGCACGCCGGACAGACAGUCAAGCACCUCCAUUGCCACAUAAUGCCGAGAAAGAAAGGAGACUUCAUAGACAACGAUUUAAUAUACUUGGAGCUAGCCAAACAUGAUCAGUUCAAAUCCGGUCAUCCAUCGAAGCCUGCAAGGACGAGGGAAGAAAUGGUAACAGAAGCAACAUUUUUAAGAGCUGAGCUACAGAAAAUGUACUCGGAACAAAGCUGAUAUACCUAAUUAAAAGGCACAUUGAUGUACUCAAUAGAUAUUACAAAAAAAUAACAGAUAUUAAACCUAUGUGUACAAUAA